AUGGGCUCGAGCGGCUUGAACCGAUGGGGGCAUGUGUGCGCCACUCCCCUUCCACGUCACCGGUGGCCAGCUGACUGUGGGGCAAGGACUAGUCGUACACACGUGAGAAAGGAACUUGAUCGGAAAUGUAAUAUUACUAUAUAUUCGCCACAAAUUUUGGCGCACAACCGAUGCGGGACUAAACAUGUGUCACCUUCCCUAGAAAGGGCAGCAACUGGCACAGGUUUGAAUCCUCCUAGAGCCAAAAUUCAUAUUUUUUUUAUCUGAUUAUUGUGGCUUUCUUAUAGAUCGCUGAUAAGUCUUCAUUAUCAUGAGUUAAUAAUUAGUAAAUAAUAUAGUUUUAGCCUUAACUCAUGAUAAAUAGACUUAUAUUUGUGUUAAAGAAUGAUUUUUGGUUUUCAAUUGAUUAACGUGAAUUUUUGGGUAAUUAUGUGAUUUUAUAUGAUUUUUACAGUCUUACUUUUGAGAUAAAUGAAGAACAAGAAAUAAAAAUAAAAAUAUUGCAAAAAUGGGGGAACCCGCCGGCCAGCCGUGCCCACAAGCGGGUCGGAAGCGCAGUCGAGGAGUAAGCCGCGAGCAGGGGCUCGAGUGGCUUAGCUUGGGGACCCGACAUGGCACGUGUACACCACUCCCCUUCCACGUCACUGGUGGCCAGCCGGCUGUGGGGCAAGGAGUGGUCAUACAUAUGAGAGAAAGGACUUUGCUCACAAAGCUAACAUUACUAUAUAUUCGCCCGAAAAAUCGGCAUACAACCGAUGAGGGACUAAACCCCCGUCACACCUUCCUCAGAAGAGGCGGGCGACUGACGCGGGUUCGAAUCCUUCCAGAGUCAAAAUUCAUAUAUUUUUAUUUGAUUAUCGUGACUUUCCUGCAGAUCGUCGGGGAAGGAUUAAGCAACGAGAAUUGCUGGAUCAUCAGCAAAAAUCUCGUCAACGCGAUUCGCGGAGCAUUGCUACUAAAAUUGCUGAACGAUUCGCGAUAAAAGGAUUGCGAAUCCAUCGAGUAAAUCAUGUCCGAUUGAUCGACGAACAAGCUGUCGUCGGGAAGAGGAUGAUCUGCCAGGAGACCAGUUGCCACCUCUUGAGAGCAUACCAGAUGUGAUGAAGAGCCUCCUCUUGCUGCGCGGACCUGAGGAUGAAGCUCCCUGACACGCGCCCCACCUCCAUCUAGCUCCUCUCUGUCAAGUGACAGCCGCCGGAGAGCCGCAAAGUCGCUGUUUUUCCGCUCCACCAGGUGACAGCUGCCAGAGACGAUUCGACGACCCACUUCAUUGAUCUCUAGGCUUCACGAGAAGAUCUGGAGAUUGCCCACGUCAUCUUUGUCCAAGGAGAGCCUUCGAGGCCAUAGACACUGCACGACGAUCCUCCCAAACGCUUAGGAUUCCAGUGCAUCGCUGACGCAUUGCCGUCACGACGCCGGAACUCUAUUUUCCUGCUUUCAAUUUAAUUUACAUUUCAUUUAGUGAUCCUUUGUUGAUUUUAAUUUACCAAACUAUACUUCAUUCAAUUACAAUUCUUCUAGCUUUUACAGAUCUUAAUUUGAUUAAUUGAGUCAUCUGUAAUCGCCUACGUAAGAAUCGCUAGGCGGAACUCUGUUUCCGCCUGAUUCGCAUUCGCCGGGUGCUGACGUCAUCUUGACGUCCGCACCCUUAUUUCCUUUUUUUCGUGAAUUUUAAAUAUAUUUCCUUUUUAUUUCCUAGUAUAAAAUUUGUAAGAAAAUCGUAUUUAUUGAGAAAAAUUCUGAAUAAUUACCAGAUAUUAUAUUACAUCCCUGUGAUCGACUUAGAAAAUUACCGCUAUUUUUUGAAUUUUUAUUGAAUUAUAAUUGAUAUAUUUAUUUAGAAAUACUUUUAAAUAUCCGAAAAUUUGUAUUUUCUAGUUUUAUAAAUUUUAUAUUUACGUGAUUUAAUAUACAACGACUGAGUCACGUCAAUCGCCAUCUGAAGGAUUAAGCAACCAAAAUCGUUGGAUCAUCAGUGAAAAUCUCAUCAACGUGAUUUGUAGAGCAUUGUUAUUAAAAUUACUAAAGGAUUUAUGAUAAAAGGAUUGCAAAUCCAUCAAGCAUCUUCGAUUGAUUGACGAAUAAGUUGUUGUCGGGAAGAGGAGGACCCACUAGGAGAUGAGUCGCCACCUCCUAAGAGCAUAUUGGAUGCAAUGAAGAGCCACCUUUAUUCUGUGCAGAGCUGAGGAUGAAGCUCCGUGACACGUGCCUCACCUCCAUCCAACUCCUCUCUAUCAAGUGACAACUAUCAGAAAGCCGCAAAGUCGCCAUUUUUCGACUCCAUUAGAGACAAUUUGAGGACCCAUUUCAUUGAUCUCUAGACUUUGCAAGGAGAUCUGGAGAUUGCCCACGUCGUCUUUGUCCAAAAAGAGCCUUUGUGACUAUGGACACUACACGACGAUCCUCUCAAAUGCUCAAGAUUCUGGUGCAUCGCCGACACAUCGCCGUCGUAACAUCGGAACUCUAUUUUCCCACUUUAACUUAAUUUUCGUUUCACUUAUUGAUAAUUUGCUGAUUUUAAAUUUACCAAGAUAUACUUCAUUUCAUUACAAUUCUUCUAGCUUUUACAAAUUUUAAUUUGAUCAAUUAAAUUGUUUGUAAUCGCUUACAUAAGAAUUGUCGGGCAGCACUCUAUUUCAGCCUGAUUCGCAUUCGCUGGGUGCUGACGUCAUUCUGACGUCCGCAUCCUUAUUUCCUUUUUCUGUAAAUUUUAAAUAUUUUUCUUUUUCAUUUCUUAGUUUAAAAUUCAUAGAAAAUAGUAUUCUUUGUAGAAAAUUCUGAAUAAUUACUAGAUAGGAUAUUACAUCCCAGUGAUUGACUUGGAAAAUUAUUGCUAGUUUUGAAAGUUUUAUUAAAUUAUAAUUGAUAUAUUUUUUCAAAAAAACCUCAAAAUAUCUUAAAAAUCAUAUUUUCUAGUUUUAUAAAUUUUAGAUUCACGUGAUUUAAUAUACAAUGACUAAGUCACUGAUAAGUCUUCAUUAUCAUGAGUUAAUAAUUAGUAAACAAUAUAGUUUUAGCCUUAACUCAAGAUAAAUAGACUUAUAUUUGUGUUAAAAAAUGAUUUGUGGUUUUUAGUUGAUUAACGUGAAUUUUUUGGUAAUUAUGUGAUUUUAUACGAUUUUUAUAGUCUUACUUUUGAGAUAAAUGAAGAACAAGAAAUAAAAAUAAAAAUAUUGCAAAAUGGGGGACCCGCCGGCCAGCUGGGCCCGCAAGCGAGUUGGAAGCAUAGUCGGGGAGUAGCCGCGAGUAGGGGCUCGAGCGGCUUGAGCUUGGACUGAUAGGGCACAUGUACGCCACUCCCCUUCCACGUCACUAGUGGCCAGCCAAUUGUGGGGCAAGGAGUGGUCAUACACGCGAGAGAAGGGACUUUGCUUAUAAAGCUAACAUUACUAUAUAUUUGCCCGAAAAAUCAGCGCACAACCGAUGUGGGACUAAACCCGUCUCACACCUUCCUCACAAGCGGGCGACCGGCGUAGGUUCAAAUCCUCCCAGAGUCAAAAUUCAUAUAUUUUUAUCUAAUUAUCACGACUUUCCUACAAAUCACCGGUGAAAGAUUAAGCAACAAGAAAUACUGGAUCAUCGGUGAAAAUCUCGUCAACAUGCUUUGCAGAGCAUUGCUACUAAAAUUGUUGAACGAUUCCUGAUAAAAGGAUCGCAAAUCCAUCGAGUAAAUCAUCUCCGAUUAAUCGAUGAACAAGCCGUCGCCGGGAAGAGGACGAUCCGCCGGGAGACCAGUCGCCACCUUCUAAGAGCAUACCAGAUACGAUGAAGAGCCUCCUCUUGCUGCACAGACCUGAGGAUGAAGCUCCCUGACAUGCGCCCCACCUCCAUCCAGCUCCUCUCCGUCGGGUGACAGCCCCCGGAGAGCUACAAAGUCGCCGUUUUUCUGCUCUGUCGGGUGACAGCUGCUGGAGACAAUUUGAUGACCCACUUCAUUGAUUUCUAAACUUCGCGAGAAGAUCUAGAAAUUGCCCACGUCGUCUUUCUCCAAGGAGAGCCUUUGAGGUUGUGGACACUACACGACGAUCCUCCCGAACGCUCAGGAUUCCGGUGCAUCGCCGACGCCUUGCCGUCGCAAUGCCAGAACUCUGUUUUACUGCUUUCAAUUUACUUUAUGCUUCAUUUAGUGAUAAUUUUUGUGUUUUUAAUUUACCAAAAUAUACUUUGUUCUAUUACGAUUCUUCUGGCUUUUACAGAUCUUAAUUUGAUUAAUUAAAUCGUCCGUAAUCGCUUACGUAAGAAUCACCGGGCCGAACUCUAUUUCCGCCUGAUUCGCGCUCGUCUGGCGCUGAUGUCAUCUUGACAUCCACGCCCUUAUUUCCCUUUUUCGUGAAUUUUAAAUAUAUUUCCUUUUUAUUUCCUAGUAUAAAAUUCAUAGAAAAUCGUAUUCAUUGAGAAAAAUUCUGAAUAACUACUAGAUAUUAUAUUACAUCCCUAUAAUCAACCUGGAAAAUUACCACUAUUUUUGGAAUUUUUAUUAAAGUAUAAUUGAUAUAUUUAUUUAUAAAAACUUCUAAAUAUCCGAAAAUUUGUAUUUUCUAGUUUUAUAAAUUUAAUAUUUGCGUAAUUUAAUAUACAACGACUGAGUCACGUCAAUCUCUAGACUUCACGAGAAGAUCUAGAGAUUGCCCACGUCAUCUUUGUCCAAGGAAAGCCUUUGAGGCCAUGGACACUACACGACGAUCCUCCCGAACGCUCAGGAUUCCGGUGCAUCGCCGACGCAUCGCCGUCGCGACGCCGGAACUUUGUUUUCCUGCUUUUAAUUUAAUUUACACUUCAUUUAGUGAUACUUUGUGUGAUUUUAAUUUACCAAACUAUACUUUGUUCAAUUACGAUUCUUUUGGCUUUUACAAAUCUUAUAUUGAUUAAUUAAAUCGUCUGUAAUCGCUUAUGUAAGAAUCGCCAAGUAGAACUCUGUUUCUACCCGAUUUGCGUUCGCCAAGCGUUGACGUCAUCUUGACGUCCGCACCCUUAUUUUCUUUUUUUUUGUGAAUUUUAAAUAUAUUUCCUUUUCAUUUCCUAGUAUAAAAUUCAUAGAAAAUUGUAUUCAUUGAGAAAAAAUCUGAAUAAUUAUAAAAUAUUAUAUUACAUCCCUAUGAUUGACUUGAGAAAUUAUUGCUAUUUUUAAAAGUUUUAUUGAAUUAUAAUUGAUAUAUUUAUUUAGAAAUACUUCUAAAUAUCUAAAAAUUCAUAUUUUCUAGUUUUAUAAAUUUAUAUUUGUGUGAUUUAAUAUACAAUGACUAAGUCACGUCAGUCACGUCAAUAAUCUCAUUUCAUCAGUUGACCCAUAUUGAGUAGAUUGCAUGCUAAUUUUGGAAUACAAUAUACAUCAUUAAUCAAUUUAUUUACAUGUAAUCUUUUUUACGACAACUCUGGUUUUAAUACCUUCAAUUUUAACACUAUUCUUAUCUUCAAUUAGAACUUCUUACUUAAGAGAUGUAUUUUUUUCAUUUCAUAUUUUAUGUUGAAUAUUACCAUUAUCAUACCCUUAACAUACAAAAUUAGAUAUAUUAUACCUUCUUCCUUAUCCACAAAAUUAGAUGGAAAGCUCAUCUUCAAAUAUUUAUAUUAUCAUGACAUUCAUUAGAUUUGACUUCUUUAUUUUUAUUUUUUUAAAAUUUUUAAUUUUAUCCUAAAUUCUGAUGCAAAAAAAUGCUCCAUGAGUCUAUUCAUUUUUUCUUCAUGUGUUCAUAAAAAGCCAAGUCCAUAUACUUUUCAAUAGCUAUAAUAACAUUAUAAAACUUAAAUAGAGGGGUUCUCAAUACCUUUAUAACAUUUUUCAUUUCAGUAAUAUAUUCCCAACUGUUACUAUAUCAUUUAAAAUAAAUGAAACAUGAGAGAACAAUUCUUGAACAUAUUCACUAGAUUUCACUAGAACAAUUCUUGGAAAUUUAAUUCUUGUAACCUUAUUACCUUUAUAAAAUAUAACUUUCAAAAUUUACCUUUAUCAUCUCAUAGAAAAACUCUCCUCUAAUAGGACAUGUUGCAAUACAAAAAAGGCCUUAGCAUCUUCCUUACAAAGUUCCUUACCAUGUUGUAUUGAAUUCUUCCUUCUUUAUGGCCAUUCUCAACUAAUUCUCAUAACUCAUGCAAAAUAAACAAUAUCCUGAUCUUAAUAAUUCAAGAUUCAUAUUUCUCUCGAUUAUAAAAUGACAUAAGAUUAUAAAAAUUUCAGAGGGUAACCAUUCAACAUACUCACAAUAUCCAGUCUUGUUAUUUACGAUAAUUUCUUGAGAAACAUAGAAAAUUUGGAAAGAUAAAUUUCAUAGAGAUAAUAAGGUUACAAAAUAAAACCUCAAACUACCUAUUAAAAAUUUGAAAUUCUUUUUAUGAAACAUUGUGAAUCUUUCUCAGACUUAUUUCCUCGUGUUCCAUUUAUUCUUAAUAAUUUGAGAAUAUUUUAAAACAGAUAUUAAAAAAAUAAAAAUCUUAAAAACUUAUUCAGAAGUUUUCAUAUAAGUUUGGUACUAUUACUAUAGCUAUUAUAGAGUUGAAGGACUAUCUAUUUAUCCUUUAAUAAAUAAAUGAGUUUUUUUAUUAACACAUUAAGAAAAAUAAAUAAAUAUGUUAGAAAAUCUCAAAACUAGGUAUUUUAAGUUAAACUUGAAAUUUAAGAACAGGAGAAAAAUUGUAAAGACAUUGCUAAUCAAUGAUAUGAUAAUAGAGGUAGAGGAACUCAUCACAAUUGAGGCUUUGAAAGAGGUUAUAGUAGAUUCAACUUCGUACAUGAGAAACAUGAGUGUGGUAAUAGUCAAAAUCAAAUGAAUAACUUAAUUUUAAUUUUGUAAGAAAUAUUAAUAUAUUGAAGCCUAUUGUUGGGACAAGGCAAAAUUAGGGAACAAUAUUAUAGAAGAGAGUUCUAAAAUAGUGCAACAUAAUUUUUUUAAGAUGGUCAUUUUGAGAAGUAUAUUAUACAUCUAUCAUCAAGAAAGUCACAAUAGGCAGUAAAAUUGCCUUUCAAUUAACAAUGCAAUCUAAGAGAGUAAAGAUAUAAUCUAUCAAAAAUCUCUUCUUAUCUCAAUUGCCAACGUAAUCUUAAUUGACAUGAUUAAAAAAUUGACUAAUGUCACUACGUUUUUAAAAUACUAAGCUCAAAUCUGAAGCACCUCUAAUGUAAUGAAGUAUCUGUUUACAAUCUUCUAGUAGACCUUUCUUAGAUGUUUCAUACACUUGCUAGUCAUACUAACAACAUGAGAAAUGAUAGGUUGAGUGCAUUUCAUAGCAUACAUGAUGUUACCAAUUACACUCAUAUAUGAAAUUUUUCUCGUCACCUGCAUUUCUUUCUUCAUCUUCAAUAAAUCUUCAAGUGACAAUUUAAAAUGAGCCAAUAGUGGAAUACUUAUAGUCAUGAACUCUUUUAUGCUGCACCACUUUAAUAUUUUGUCCACAUACUACUUUUGAAACUAGUACAACCUUCUAGUGUUGCAGUCUCUAUAUAUUUGUAUACCCAACUUUUUCUUUUCUACUCUAUGAUCUUAUAUCUCAAAUUCAUUUCUUAAUUAAGAUUUCAAAUGAUCAAUAUUUGAAAUAUUUUAGUAAAAGUUAUUACAUCAUCAAGAUAUAAUAACAAAUAAAUAAAUCAAUUAUUUAGAGGCUUUUUGUGAUAUACACAACUAUCAUAAUAAGUUCAAACAACAUUAUGACUUAGCAUAAAUGUAUCAAACCUCUGGUACCACUAUCUUAUAAAUUAUUUCAAUUAAUAAAUAUUUCUAAAAUAAGAAUACGUAGUUUUCAUUAGUUAAGAACUAUAAAACUUUAUGGUUGAUAAAUGCAGGUUUCUUUUUCUAUCUCACUAUGUAAGAAUAUACUCUUAACAUCUAACUAUUUUAAAUCAAAAAUAGCAAGUCAAACAUGAAUUGAUGUAUGUCUCACCACAAGAUAGAAUACCUAAUUCGAAUCAAUGCCCUCUCACUAUGUGAAAUCCUUUACCACCAAACAUGUCUUAAAUCUAGCACCUAACUAGUCAUGAUUCUUUAAUUUUUUCAAAGUCUAUUUAUACACUAUAAUCUUUUCACCAGAUAUUACUUUCAAUAAUUUACGUGUGUUGUUCUUCUAUAUAGACUCCAUCUCCUCUUCUAUUACACUUAUAAGAUUCAUUUGAAGUAAUAGUCUUUUAUCAAGAACAUUUUUUGUCACCAUGAACUUCACCAAUAACCCAUAGAGCAAAAACUACCAUGUUAGAAUACCAAUUAGGUGACCUAAUCAUCUUUUGCUACUUAUUUUUCAGAAAUUUAAACUUCUAGGGACUUGGUGUAUGGUACUACUCUCUAGUACACCUUAUAUUUACAUUAUCUCCUCUUAUCAUACAUUAUCUUUUUAGAGCUUCACCUCUAGCUCUUCUUAUUUGUUACUAAUUUGAUCUCUAUUUUCCAUUCUUGAAUUUUCUCCCACUCUGAGCAUCACAAAUUCAUCAAAGGUCCCAUAUCUCUUGGUCAUGAACUUAGAUGAUUGAUGAUCAGUACACCAACCAAAUAUGGCUUUGCAACCUCUAUUUGUGUAUAUCCUGUGAAAAUUUACUUCUUUGCACUUAGCUCCAACUUGUCACUUGAGACAAUUGCUAGUCAAUACAACUGAAAAGUGUUCAGUGAAAAUAAUUAGAGAAGAAUCGAACAACACCUCUUCAAGAGUUUCCAACUCAAUAGCUAUAAAAAAAAAGUUAUUCACUAAGUAAUAUGCCAUGUUGAGAACUUCUGCCCAAAAAUUAUUUGAUAUCCUUGCUUAAGAUGACAUACUUCUUGCGUUUUAUAAAAUUAUUAUGUUCAUUUCUUUCACAACACCAUUUUGUUGUGGUAUCUUCACUAUAGUGUGAUGUUGAAUGAUGCCUUCAUUAUUGUACAACUCAUCAAAUUCAUUCAAGGAAAACUUCAUACUAUUGUUUGUACAGAGACAUUUGAUUAGCUUGUCAAUUUAUUAUUCAAUCAAUGUCUUUCAUUGCUUGAAUGUGGUGAAAGUCUCCUCACUCCUCUCCUUCAGAAAGUAGACUUAAGCUUUCCAUCAAAAGUCAUGAAUGAAGGGUAUCAAAUAACUUGCACCAUCUUUCAAGAUAACUAGAGUAGAAACCAAAAAUCAAAGUGGAUGUAACCCAUAAUACCAUUAGUUCUAUGAAUUUUAGCAUUAAAUUUCACCUUCCAUCACUUUCCAAAGACAUAAUACACACCAAAAUCUAGGUUUUUUUAGUAUUUUCAUUCACAAGAAAAUCAUGCUUUCUCAAGUCCGAACCUAUGUCAGUCAUAUGGCCCAACUACAUGUGUAAUAUUUUAAUACAAUCAUCCAAAUCUUGUGUCACAUUAACACUAUCAAUAAUAAUAUUAUUAAACAGUCAUUAAAGCCUACCAAUCAGCUUUGCCUUCAUCUUGAUAACACUUCUAUUGUUGUGAACAAAAUUAUCAAAUUUUAAAUAUUUUAUACUGAAUUCGAAAAAUAAUUAAAAUUAAAGUUUGGUGAAAUCAGGUCAUCCACAGGGAUGAUGGUCAAUCUCAAUGUGUAUUUUUUUUCAUUCUAAAGAAUUUUACUAAAAUAAAAAGAUGUAAAAAAGGAUAAAAAAAGAAAAUAAUCUUCUCCACAAUUAAAAUUUGCAAAUUACUUGAGCUCUAUAUAUUCGAUUUUAAUCAUUGCUGAUAUUCAGAAGUGAUAAAUGACUCAAGACUGCAAAAUAUUCCAGAGAAAAUGGAGGAGAAAAGCAAAAAAGUAAAAGAGAAUUAAAUGAUAGAACAUACACCUAAAAUCAGGAAAACAUGGGAGGAGAGAGAAAAUACGACCACUAGUGGGGUUUCUCCAUUGGAAGUGAAAAAGGAAAAUAAACUUGAGUCAACUACUGAUAAAUGAUAACUGAUAUUUUGAAAUAAAUAUACGAAAAUGGUCAGAAAAAAGUCAAUUUUCAUAAGAAAUAGUAAAAUUAGAAGGGAAAAUAAAAAAUGGAAAUAAAGCCACAAACCCAUCCAUGUUGGUUACCCAAGAAUAGAGUAUCAUUGUACUGAGAAAAUGGAAUGGAAAUGAAAAUGCCAAUUUAAAUGCUUAAUGAUGUCAUCUAUAUCACCCAGAUGAUGAAAUAAGCUAAAACGAAAAUAAAAUCAAGUCAAUUGGAAACCUAAUUCGCAAACACCAUCUAUCACUCUACUCAACUAUCACCAAAAGAUAGAGUACCAGAAAAUGAAUGUCAAAUUGUCUAAAAAGUGGAAAAAAAUAAAUAGAUUGAAAGCCUUAAUCUCAUUGUUUGUGUGUUGCACAGACAAUGGAUUAAUAAGGAACGAAAAUAGAUGUAAUAAAAGGAGAAAUCAAACUUGUAAAUAACUAACAUUGCUCUGCUUGUCUCCACCUAUAACCAAAGAGAACUUGGCUUGAAAAUCUUGCAAAGCCCACUAAUCUUCUACUCUUUAUCAUCUAGAAAGAUUCCUCCCUUUUCUGUAGAGCUUCUUUCUGAUUUUCAUGCAAUAAUAUAUCAAAAAUCAUUGUGAAAACCAGAAUUAUCUUCGUCCAUUUCACCACCCAAAAUAGAGUAGAGAAGAUAACCUACACUUGGAUGACAUCACAUGACCUGUUAAUGUGGCCCAAAUUUACCAACUUGUCCCAUAAACCCUUAAUAUAUCUUCAUCGUGAUGUGAUCAUGAACUUUUAUAUUAUAUUCUCAUUAUCUUGAUAAUUUGUAGAUUACAAAAAAUAGCUGAAAACAUGUCUUCAUAAAUUCCCUAAAAUUUUCAAGAUAAAUCUAUUUUCCAAUUUGAACUUCAUGAGUAUUUUUUUUCAAUUUUAAAAUAAUUCUCAAGACUAUAAACCUUGGAUAAUCAUGUUAGCACAUGGAUUAAAAAUGAAAAAUAUAUUUAUUUAACAUAAAUCAUAAAAGAAUAGUAAGUUAAAUAUAAAUUCAUCACAUCACACUCAAGCCAAUGCUAAUAAAGUUAAAUAUUAUCAUGUUGAGAAUUUCAGCUUGUAAAGCCUUCAUAACUUUAAUAAAGAUUCACACUAGCUAGUCCAAUGUUCGGAGCUUUGGAUUUUUUUUAAUUACUUUAUUAGAUUCUGAAAUAGUGCAUCAAACAAGACAUUUGUUCUGACUGCGAAGUAAAUUGUAAGCCUCGGUUAAGUCAAGUGAUCUCCAAUGUACCAUACAGCCUAUGACCAUUGUUUUCCAUUAAUGAAGCGUAAAGAAUUACUAUAAAUCAAUAAAUUAAAAUGGAAUACUUUGAAAUGGCGUCAUUUUUGUGACAAGCAUAACCGUCAAGUGAGCAUGAGGCAAAAGUUCUGAAAGAGUGUGCUACAUGACACGGGGAGACGAUUUAUUCCCAGCAUCUGAGGCUACAUCUUAUCAAUCAUUUGACUCAAGUGAAAUCCAAAACCACUGCAUUUGACAUCUCGAUAACCAAUGCAUAGUCUUACUUCGGAGUGAGUUGUCGCAAAGUAGUGGUUUUGGAUUUUCCCUCUCAAAAACAGAGCAGAGGUAUCUUUAGGGUAAUUAACCUGUCAUUGUCAAAGAAUCAGUCAAUUGCUAUAAAAAGCCUCCUUCGUCCAGAACACUAUUUGUGUAUGUACAACCUUCAGUAGACCAUGGUUUGUGAUUAAAUUCCUCAACAAUACACAUUCGAUGAAUCCUUGGUGAGGUUUGAAAAAGCUUGAAACAUUUAUUGGGAAAGGUAUAGAAUCCUAGUGAGUUCUCUACGCCAACCUUGCAAAUCAAAACUUCACAUGCUCGACUUCUUAUUCAAAUUUCGUGCAGAAGAUAUCAUCUUGAAUCUACCCUCCAAUUUCCUUUUCUUUAGACAAGUUCAAUUAGAAUUAAACUCACCACUCUUGGUGCCAUCAACCCUGAUUUUUUUCCUCCUGCUCGUUUGAUACUUAGUGAUACUUAGGAUUUCCAUUUUUUUUGGGUGUACAGUGCUCUGCACUGGUUUUGACCAUUACAUUCACAAAAAAUUGGCGGGAUAAAGUCAUCAAAAUGCCUAUUUGACGGGGCCACGUAAGAUAUUUGGAGCUUUUUCUUGUUGACCUUCCCGUCGAGUGCGAUGCAAAGUCAAGGGCGGCGGCGGAUGGAAGUGCUGCCACACCGUUUUCUAAAGUGAAGUAUCCCCUUUUGUCCUAGUCUCAUGUUACCAUCAUUCAAAGUAUCCAAGUCUUAGUCAGCACAUUGUUUGAACAGGUUAACAUUUUAAACGUUCAUCGUAGACGACUUCAUUGUGGAGUUACUCGUGCAAGCAGGUCCUCUGUGCACCUCAGUUUUUCCUUUCCAAGACUGACAGGUUCGCAUUUUCUUGAUGACUUCGUGUUGUCAAAUUAGUCGAAAUAUGACUCAUGACAUGUUCAAUCUUUACGAAACUUAUGUAUCUCCGCUUUCAUUGACUCCAGUUUUUUUGGAAUUAUCGCGUUUUAAAAUAAUGUGGUUAUAUCGACUGUAGGAUGGUUCAGGCUUUCAAUAUUGAACACAAAUCUUCUGGGAGAUGGCUUAGACUUCACCAAGGUGAUGGUUCACUUUGUAGCGAGACCCAACGGCCUGUAUAAUCGAAUGUUGUUGAACCUAAGAUAGUAAUUUCAGCAGUAACAUAGCUCCAGAUAUUGCACCCACUGGUGUGAAUUUUCCACAAAGAAAUUAAUGUUUUGCAGGAUAUGAAAGUUUUUCCAGGUAGGAAGUAGAUAAGAAAAACAAGCAGUGACCUUGUCAAGAGCCGCCAACGGAGACUUAGGACCACCUUACUUUGGAGAAACUAGGUUUGAGUGCUGAGGAUGCGUAUGAAUAACGUUUACGGCCGCUAUUAGGUUAAGAUUUACACACUAGGCUGCGGGCAACAAAAUCGUAUUAUUUUCAGACACGUGGCUCCAUUCGUUGGAGCACUAAUUUUCACAGGUACCGAUUUUUCAAGUUGGUAUCUGGUAACCAGAAUACCCUUGCAGUUGGUAGGCGGCAACAUAUCCAGGACGAAUAAGAAUAAAGCCGACCAGGUAGAAACCAGACAUUGGGACGAAAUAGAUGCGUGGAGACGAGAACAAUGGCCCACUUCGUGGCUGCAUUUUUUUCUUGUUUACCUUAUCCUUGGAAAGAUUUUCGUACCCCAAAAAUAGCCACCUAUCUGCUGCACGACUCUGCUGGGUCAUGGGGAAGGGAAGAAGAGGUCAGCAAGAAAAGAUGCGGCGACCUGUUCGCCAAACGUCAGAUGAGACUAACGAGCGCCCUGCCAUUGACAUAUGCGUACGCAUUGACGUCUUUCCCUGGUGACGAAAUAUACAACGAAACAUCUGCGACGACGCGCGUAGUUCCUUCCGGCCCACCCUACUACUUACUAUAAAUAGCACGGAUCGGGGCCGGGGGAACAGCAGCUCAUUACCGCUCGACAGGCACAAAACCCCCUGAGGUACCCAUACUUUCGGAUUCUUCUCAAGUCCUACCAUCGCCUAAGAAAGGAUAUGGCCACCGCCUGCAAGACCCCGGUCGCCGCGGCAGCUGCCGUACUCCUGUUGCUUAUCGUAGCCGUCGCCGUCGCCCCGGCGUCAGCCAGCAGCAUGACGGGUUAUUCGCAGUCGGGUUGCAGUGGGAACCGCAGAAGGUGGGGAUGUGGUGCGUGCUACAACCUCGCCGGCUACAAGGGAGGCUACUUCUUCGACUACUCGGGGGGCCAGGUGGGUAGGCUCUACCGCGGGUCGAACUGCCAAGGCUCCUAUGACUCCGUCGGCAGGGACGUCCGCCGUUGCUCUCCCUACGCCUAUAACAGCUUCCGCAUAAUGUGCUGAGCGUGGUCAUGUUGGCUGAGUGCUGUCUACUGAACUCGCCUCCAGUUAGUGCUCUCAUCAUGUGUGUACUGACGGCCCCCCAUAAAUAAAUCGUAUGAAAUAAAAGAGCACGGCAGUCGCCUAGUGCUGAAAAAGUUUAUUCCUGCUGUCCUCACGAAUAGGCUACGCGCGUGUUUGCCUGCUUCCUGGGACCGCGUCAAUUCGUUCCAGGAGAUGGGCGGCAGUCUGGUUUUAAACAUUUCCAUUCGAUAUUUCCAAAAAUAAUAGUUAAUGUUGUUGAGUUCAUCGAGGCAACCCGACGUUUACUGAACUAAGCCUAGACAUCCAGUGCUUUCGUCAAUGCAAGUGGCACAUGGCUACAAGUAAAGAGCUAACAAUUAAACUAAAGAAUCUACUUGUUGAUGAAAAAAAUAAUGAAUUCAAUUUCCUACUAAAGUUUGAGUGUUUAAUGCUUCAUUGCCAUGUAAGAGACUAAAGUUAGAUUUGAUGGUGAGCUGAUAAGUCAUUAUUAUCAUAAGUUAAUAAUUAGUAAAUAAUAUAGUUUUAGUCUUAUCUCAUGAUAAAUAGACUUAUAUUUAUGUUAAAUUAUGAAAAGUGAUUAACAUAAAUUUUUGGUUAAUUAUGUAAUUUUCUACGAAUUUAUAUAAUUUUAAUAGUCCUUUUUUGAGAUAAAUAAAGAAAAAGAAAUUAAAAUAAAAACAUAGUAAAAUGAGGGGACCCAUCAGUCAACCGGGCCCACAAGUAGGUCAGAAGUACAAUCAAGGGGAGCUAAGAGUAGGGGCACUUGAGUGGCUAGAGUCGAUGGGGACACAUAUGUGCCACUCCCCUUCCACGUCACUAGUGGCCAACCAAUUGUGGGACACGGAGUGGUCGUACACACGGGAGAAAGGGAUAUACUGUUUGCAAAUAUGAUAUUACUAUGUAUUCGUCCAAAACUUUGGCGCACAAGUAAUGUCGGACUAAGCUCAUGUCACACCUUCCUACAAAAGGCUUCGAAGGUGACAAUGCGUCGACGAUGCACUGGAAUCUUGAGCGUUCGGGAGGAUCAUCGUGCAGUGUCCACGACCUCAAAGGCUUUCCUUGGACAAAGACGACGUGGGCAAUCUCUAG